GCGGCGAUGUGAGCCAUGAGCGCGGCGUGGACGCUGUCGCCCGAGCCGCUGCCGCCGUCGACGGGGCCCCCGGUGGGCGCAGGCCUGGACGCCGAGCAGCGCACCGUGUUCGCCUUCGUGCUCUGCCUGCUCGUGGUGCUGGUGCUGUUGAUGGUGCGCUGCGUGCGCAUCCUGCUCGACCCCUACAGCCGCAUGCCCGCCUCGUCCUGGACCGACCACAAGGAGGCCCUGGAGCGCGGGCAGUUCGACUACGCGCUGGUGUGAGGACAGGGUGGGGGGUGCGGCGCCCCAGGGCUGCCCCGGGGAGGGACUGGGCUGGGAACCCCCACCCAGCACCCUGAGACGGCGGGAAGCGGGGAGAGGGGCCCUCUCCUAUCUCCCCUUCUGGCCUGGCUGGAGCCACCCCCACUCGCCACCCCACCUGUGCCUUUCUUGAGGCUGUCCCUGCCCCCUGCCCCAAAGUCACCCACCUGGCUGACCUUGAAGGCUG